UACGUUCGGAUCACUCUCUUUCCGACUCUGCUGUGCUAUCGUCGUGUGUGCCGCUCGUCGAUUAAACAUUUUACCACCACCCGUAUCGGCUACAUAGUCUUCUAGAGUAUUUUCAUCCGUUCGAAUCAGAAAAUUUGAUUGCAAGUCAUCUACAAACGAUUAACCAUGGGUAAAGAAAAGGUACAUAUUAACAUUGUUGUCAUCGGACACGUCGAUUCCGGUAAAUCAACCACAACUGGUCAUUUGAUCUACAAAUGUGGUGGUAUUGAUAAACGUACAAUUGAAAAAUUCGAAAAGGAAGCCCAAGAAAUGGGAAAAGGUUCUUUCAAAUAUGCAUGGGUAUUGGACAAACUGAAGGCUGAACGUGAACGUGGUAUCACCAUUGAUAUUGCUUUAUGGAAAUUCGAAACUGCCAAAUACUAUGUCACCAUCAUUGACGCACCUGGCCACAGAGAUUUCAUCAAAAACAUGAUCACUGGUACUUCCCAGGCUGAUUGUGCUGUGCUUAUUGUCGCUGCUGGUACUGGAGAAUUCGAAGCUGGUAUUUCUAAGAAUGGACAAACCCGUGAACACGCUCUAUUGGCUUUCACCUUGGGUGUAAAACAAUUGAUCGUUGGUGUGAACAAGAUGGACUCUACUGAACCACCAUACAGCGAAAGCCGUUUCGAAGAAAUCAAAAAGGAAGUUAGCAGUUACAUCAAGAAAAUCGGUUACAACCCAGCUGCUGUGGCUUUCGUACCCAUCUCUGGAUGGAAUGGAGACAACAUGUUGGAAGUUUCCGAAAAAAUGUCGUGGUUCAAGGGAUGGGCCGUUGAACGUAAAGAAGGAAAGGCUGACGGUAAAUGUUUGAUUGAAGCUUUAGACGCUAUCCUGCCACCCAGUCGCCCAACUGACAAGGCUCUCCGUCUCCCACUCCAGGAUGUCUACAAGAUAGGAGGUAUUGGAACAGUCCCAGUAGGUCGUGUAGAAACUGGUCUUGAAACCUGGUAUGGUUGUGGUUUUCGCACCAGCAAACAUAACCACUGAAGUUAAGUCUGUGGAGAUGCACCAUGAAGCUUUGGUAGAAGCUUGCCCAGGAGACAAUGUUGGGUUCAACGUAAAGAACGUUUCAGUCAAGGAAUUGAGACGUGGUUUCGUUGCUGGAGACACAAA